AUGACCACCAUCCCACAUUGGAAACCCGCUGUUCUCGCAAAGAGAGCCGCACAGCAUGAACUUAUUCCCCCAGAAUGGCGUCUCCCAGACUCAGUCCUCUCUAACUCACCACUCUCAUGCGUAGAUGUUAUCCGUUCAAGUGGUAUCCUCUCCUCAGAUGAACUAGCAUGGACUGAGACGACCGAUAUCCGGGACCUGGUGUCGGCAGUGACUACGCGCCGUGUUACGAGUCUUCAGUUAACGACGGCCUUUUGCAAGCGAGCUGCAAUCGCGCAGCAGUUGACUAAAUGUCUUACGGAAAUCUGCUUUGAUAGGGCACUUGACCGGGCACGAGAAUUUGAUGAGCAUCUUGUGCGGACGGGAGAGGUCGUUGGUCCUUUGCAUGGAAUUCCAGUUUCCAUUAAGGAUCGGUUUAAUAUUGAGGGCUUGGAUACUACAGUUGGUUGGGUUGGUUUGAUUGACAAACCGGCGAAGUCGUCAAGUGAAAUCGUGCAGCUGCUUGAGUCCAUGGGAGCAGUUAUGUACGUCAAGACGAAUGUUCCUCAGUCUUUGAUGAUGGCUGACUCCUACAACCAUGUAUUUGGUCAAUCUACCAACGCCUUCAAUUUCAAUCUCAUCUCCGGUGGUAGUUCUGGUGGGGAGGGAGCCCUUGUUGGAUGUGGAGGGAGUAUUCUUGGGAUUGGUACAGACAUUGGUGGCUCGAUUCGUGUUCCCUCGGCGCUACAGGGUCUAUACUCGAUUUUCCCGACAACAGGACGGGUGCCGUGGGACUGUUCCUUCCUGCAUCAGCAUUAUCUUGUUCCACCCGUCGCUGGUCCAAUGGCAUCAUCGCUGGCAACAACUGAGUACUUUAUGGAGAGACUUCUAGCGUCAAGUCCUUGGAAUUUGGAUCCAUCUGCUAUUCCAAUUCCGUGGAGAAAAGAGCUUGCAACUCCGCCUAUGGACCGAAAACUGAGAAUAGGUGUUGUGAUCGAUGACGGGGUGGUUAAGCCACAGCCUCCUGUGACGCGAGCUAUGAACGAGACUAUUCAAGCAUUGCGAAAAGCAGGACAUGAGGUGAUCGAAUGGGAUACCUCCCUGCACGUCCCUGCAACAGAGAUGUGGUACAAAGCCAUUCUCGGCGAGGGAGGCGUUCAUUGUCGCAAAUUAUGUGAAAUGAUCAGCGAGCCUCUGAUUGAGGGUAUGUUAGUCGGAACAGAGAAGGACAUGUUAACGCUUGAAGAGCGAGAGAAGAUUGAACAAGACAAAUAUGCACUUUCCACGGCUAUGCUCAAACAAUGGCUAGCCGCUGGUAUUGAUGUCCUGCUUAUGCCCGUUAUCCCAUGGGUUGGAUACAAGCCCAAGGACUGGGUUCAGAGUAAACAGUGGGUUGGAUAUACUGGUAUGUGGAACUUACUCAACUAUGCCUCAGUCACAGUACCAGUUACCAAAGCAGAUCGAGCACUCGAUGCUGUUGGGGGCGGAAAGAAUGUCGAAUGGGAAAGUUAUGAAGCUCGAAAUGAGUCUGAUGCGUUUAAUUAUUCGCAAUAUGAUAGUGAGCUCGUGCAUGGAAUGCCUAUCUGUGUACAGAUUGUGGGUGGGAGAUUCGGGGAGGAAAAGGCCAUUGCUACCGCAAAGGUUGUGGAUGACUUGAUGAAUCCGACUCCAUUCCAUCCAUUUCGCUAG